GCGCUGGGAGCGUUGGCAGGGUUUGCAGUGGUGCAGGGAAUAUCACUCUCAGGGAGUCAUAACUGCAGUGGACCACUGGCGGACACCAACCAGGCAUGUCAAGAUAAUCGAUUAUAAUUCAUACUUCACGACUGCAGCACAACGUUUCUCACAUGCCGCACCUGCGAAAAAGGGAAACUGGAAAUGUCCAGCCUCGCGAUUGGUUUGCAGGUCGUAAUCUUCAUUGCAUCACUGUUUUGUGUCUGCAAGUGGCGUACUCAGUAUCAGAAGUCAUUAAUUCCUCGCUUUCGUCCAAGAUCAUCCACUCAGCCAAAAACAAUAACCUGUUGUAACCGUCUAUUGUCGAUGGAUACCAAAAACAUCGUCCUUUUUGGGGAGCGUGGCGUAGGGAAAAGCUCUAUCAUCAACCUCCUUGCAGGGCGCCGGGUCGCUAAGAUCUCCUCAGACACCGAUGUUUGUACGUUGCAUUACGAAGCGUAUGAUGUUACCAUCGAGAACGUACCGUAUCGCAUCUAUGACACUGCUGCGGCCGACAACGACCGUGUGGACCCCAUCGAAUUUCUCAACGCCAUCACCAAUGCUGGCGAGCUGAUGAAGGAGCUGAGAAAGAAAGGAGGAGUCGCUCUGCUCCUGUACUGCAUCAAGGCGGGCAGGACGCCAACAAUGUUUGCCACCAACUACAGACUAUUCUAUGAAUUUCUCUUCGAGAAGAAGAUUCCAGUCGCAGUCGUCGUUACUAACCUGGAGAGAGAGGAUUGCAUGGAUGAUUGGUACGCGCGGAACAAGGAGUGGUUCGAGCGUCAUGCGGUCAAGUGUAUUGGUCAUGCUUGUGUCACUGCGGCAGACGAUCUGGACCCAACAUACAGGAAAAAGUACGACAUGUCCAGAACAGAAGUGGGCCGCUUAAUCAGACGCCAUGCACAUGGGGCGGAGAACGGCGGGGAUGCGUGGCUUGCGAGGUUCACUGGAGGGUUGAAAGACCUCUUGACCGGACGUCCAUACAAGUCAGACGCGCUCGGGGUCCUUACGAAACGCUGCGGGAUGGAGGAGAGCCUAGCAAAAGAUGUGAUUCGAAUUCUUGCUCCUGAAAGCACUACCAAGACCAUCCGUCCUAAAACGGCUGAAAGCACUAUCCAGACCAUCCCUUCUGCAAUGGCUGCAAGUAGAACCGAGCGUAACACGACUCCUAGUAUGUCUGGGCCGCAGCUGCAACUGGUUAAGGAUCAUAACCUUCCUAAAAGGCACAAAACUAUCGUACUAUUUGGGGAGGCGGGAGCAGGCAAAAGCUCACUCAUCAACCUCAUGGCGGGAGAGGAACUAGCGCCAACAUCUCCUGACAUGCAACGCUGUACAAUGCAAUGGAAAGAGUACACCAUCAAUUUCGGCGGAGACUCAUACCAGGUUUUCGAUACCGUUGGGCUCGAAGAACCACAGCUGGGAAUGAAAGAAUACCUCGAGUCUGUCGAGAACACCUAUCGACUCAUUAAGGAAUUGGACAGACGAGGCGGCAUUGAUCUACUUAUAUUCUGCAUUUGCCCCGGAAACAUCAUCACUACGAUUCAGAGAAACUACCGACUAUUUCAUGAAUUCCUUUGCGAGAAGAAGACCCCCGUUGCUCUUGCGAUCGCGGGCCUCGAAAGGGAGCGGAGGAUGGAGGACUGGUGGGAGAGAAACAAGAGGACCUUCGACAAAUAUCAGAUCCAGGUCGCUGGUCAUGCGUGCAUCACUACCACAAACAGAUUGGGCAGCGGAUACAGAGACCUUUAUGAAGAAUCACGCAUCACGAUCCGCAAACUUGUUACAAAGUGUACCGCUGACGAGCAGAAGCAAACACGGAUGGGAGAGGACAACUUGUUCGUGUCGUUGAUGCGUAAACCGAAGGAGCUACUUGCAGGCAAUUCGCAUAUGAAAACGAAGGAUCUCGUCCCUCUUCUCAUGGAGCGUUGCAGUAUGUCUGAGGAUGUUGCAGUACAGUUGGCUAAUAUGAUCAAGCAAGACGAAUAGAUUUGUACUUAAUCACUUUAACCCCUUUCUAUGCCUUUGCUCACUCCGUUGCAACUGUAGACUUGGUCCUUAUCAAUGAUACGAUACAAUCCAUGACAUGCCUGUUGUACUACAUAGUUCGGAUAUUAUUACAUCACAUUCGUCUUCAGUUUCCCUUCGUUUCAUGUGCUAGGAUUCCGUCUGCAGGUUAUAUAAAUUACAACCACACACAUAG